CUAUUAAAAAAUAAAUUGUGUUUUUGCUUUCAAGUAGAUGCUAUUAAGGUAAUUUUGGAGCUUCAUCAUGCAUCAAUUGGCAUCAAGUGGUUAAGACAAUUUUUUUUGUUUCAAAUGUUUGAGAAAUUUUUGCCUUUCCAGUUGAUGUCGCUAUGCAGAGAGACCUUUUUUCCAUAAUUUUUGUAUAUGAAAACUUGAAGUCACUAAGUAGAGAAAACCUGGGAAAAUGAAACAAAAGAGGUGAGCACAAAAGCAUUUUCCACAUUCUGAACAGUAUUUAUGCUUUGUAAAUCUCACCGUGGGGCUUUUGUGCAAUAAUGAGCACAUUAUGAUCCAAACUGGGGAAUGAGAAAGGCUACUUUGUGAGUAAUUCCAUUGAGUGGGAGGGUCACACUGGCCGGUCUUGUAUAUAUCGCUGUAAAAAAACAUGUUGCCUCCAUCCAAAUCAGUGGCAUGGACAUCUUUGUUUUCUGAAUCCACAAUGUGCUGCUCAGCGCAAAACUGAAGACGAAGGUUGUUGCUUGAAAUCGGCUUUGACUGGAGACCUCACUGACAUGAUAUUUCGACAGCUAGCACACCUUUGAGGCAGAGAGCGACAAGCAGGAGAUAAGAAGCAUGUCGUGGGUGAAGUCCUUUCUGGUGAGCCUGUCUCGGAGGAAGCCCAUUGAACCUGAUGGGGAGCAGUCCACCUUUAACCGAUGCCUGACCACUCUGGACCUGGUGGCGCUCGGUGUGGGCAGCACCCUGGGGGCCGGAGUGUACGUCCUCUCUGGAGAGGUGGCCAGGGACACUGCUGGACCCAGCAUCAUCAUCUCUUUCUUCAUAGCAGCACUGGCAUCCAUAUUUGCUGGCUUGUGCUAUGCAGAGUUCGGAUCCCGCGUUCCCAAAACGGGCUCAGCUUACCUGUACAGUUAUGUGACUGUUGGAGAGCUCCUGGCUUUCAUUACCGGCUGGAAUCUGCUACUCUCCUAUGUCAUAGGAACAUCCAGUGUCGCACUGGCGUGGAGCGGGACAUUUGAUGACCUCAUUGGGGGGGUCAUAUCUAAAUAUUUUGAGGAAAAUGCCUCUAUGGGCCUGCCUGGAUUAGCCCCUUACCCAGAUUUCUUUGCUGCGGCUCUCAUCCUGCUUCUCUCAGGGGUUCUGGCAUUUGGAGUGAAGGAGUCGACCACCAUUAACAAGAUCUUCACAGCAAUCAACAUCCUGGUGCUGUUGUUUGUGACCAUUUCUGGAUUCAUAAAGGGAAACAUCGACAACUGGUACAUCAGUGAAGAAGCUCUGUUGAACGCUACUGCAGAAGAGAAAAACUUGAGCUCCACCAUCAACGUGACCAGUGUCUUUGGAGUCGGUGGAUUUUUUCCUUAUGGCUUUAAUGGAACUCUGGCUGGAGCAGCAACAUGUUUCUAUGCUUUUGUUGGAUUUGAUUGCAUCGCUACAACAGGUGAGGAAGUGAAAAACCCUCAGAAGUCUGUCCCUGUGGGCAUCGUAGCCUCACUUUUGAUCUGCUUUCUGGCCUACUUUGCUGUCUCUGCUGCCCUCACCCUGAUGAUGCCCUAUUACAUGCUGAAUGAAAAGAGUCCCCUGCCCGUGGCCUUUGAAUAUGUCGGUUGGGGUCCUGCCAAAUAUGUUGUGGCGGUGGGAUCUUUGUGUGCCCUGUCCACCAGCCUUCUUGGUUCCAUGUUCCCGAUGCCGCGGGUGCUGUUUGCCAUGGCGAGAGAUGGAUUGCUCUUUCAGCCUUUGACUAAAGUCACAGCAAAAGGCAGUCCUGCCAUAGCAACCAUAGCAUCAGGAGUAGUAGCAGCCAUCAUGGCUCUCCUGUUUGACCUGGAGGCCUUGGUGGAGAUGAUGUCCAUCGGAACUCUAUUUGCUUAUACACUUGUGGCAAUAUGCAUCCUAAUACUGAGGUACCAAGUGGGUUCAAGUGAAGAUGCCAAACUUCAGAUGAAAGAAUCAGAAUCCAAGUUCAACUUGUUGAAGCCUCCAUCUUCUCCCACCAACAUAACGUCAAAAACAGUCACAAUCUUGACUGUAAUUUCUGCCGUGUUUGUAUUGGCAUUGUGCCUCAUCCUCACUCAAGCUAUUGAUGCCAUUGCCAAUCUAGAAGCAUGGAGCAUUGUGCUUGUCUGUGUUUUCUCCCUGGCCCUGCUUGUCAUCCUGCUGCUCAUAUGGAGACAACCACAAAAUCCCACCAAGGCAACGUUCAUGGUGCCCUUACUUCCUGUUCUGCCUUUAGUGAGUACACUCAUCAAUGUUUACCUGAUGGUUCAGUUGGGCGGAGCGACCUGGUUGCGAUACGCUAUCUGGAUGUUAGUUGGGCUGGUUAUCUACUUUGGUUACGGAAUCCGUUGCAGCGUUCAGAGAAAGCGCCUCAAGGCCGACAAGGAGAUCGAAACAGUCAGCAACAAAACAGACAUCAUCAAAGAAGAGAAGUUUUAAGCUCAAAUGAAGAAAGGCCACAUAAGCUGAAGUGUUACAGCGAGGCGCUUCUUCAAAUGUGUCACUUCAGUUUUACAUGCACCAGUACUGGGUUUUAUCUGGAGUUACCAGGAUUUAGAGACUAAUGCACGGUGCUGAAGUGUAGAUAUCUUGCCAUACUUUUUGUGAUGUUUUUUAUUUUGUUUUAAACACUCACACUUUUUUAUGUCCUAAUGUGACCUUAUUCAAAAUAAAAGCGUUGAAUGACUUUGCACAUGUUAAAUGUUGUACAAAAAGGGCAUUAUAUUUCUCCAAUACAUCUGUUAAAAGCCAAAACAAAUAGGCAUGCACUUUUUAUAAAACACUUAAAAGAAGCCCUGAAAUCGGAUUUGUAUUUUGUAAUGUGCAGCUUCACUAAACUUUUUUUAAUGUAAUAAGAUAAAUUACUGAUUAAAAUAAUAUAAAUAUUAAAUCGAUGCAUUUAUUUCAAUUCAAGAAAUGUUUCAAUGGUCAAAUUUCUUUACCUUUUCUUGAGAUUUAGCAUUAGACUAAAGCUGUUGCACAAUGUACAUAAAUCUCCUUUGUGUAAAAUGAAGUGUAACACAUUUGUUUUUGUUUCUAAACUUAAAAUGGACUCUGUAUGUGUAAAAAACUGUAUUAUUUUGAGCAUUCCUUAAUUAAAUAAAAGACUGUUUUAUUUGGCUGAAAGUAAGAAAA